AUGCAAUUACCAUUUGGUAACAAUAAAAGUAUUAAUACUCCUUUUAAAAAAGAUAUAUCACCAAAUGUUGGGAAGUCACAAGUGAAUUUCCAUCCGCCACCUGAUAUUUCUCAACCAAACGUUUCAUAUCAACGUGUAUUUAGAGGACGAACAGAUUUUAAAUACCGAUUUAAUGCCGGUGAAGUGUAUCGUUCAGCCAAAGCAUUAUUCACAAUCCGGAAUCUUGGUCGAAAUGAUACGGCUUUGACAACUGACAUUGAAAAAACAGCUAUCAUUUCAGAUGUUCAAAAACAAGAUACCAGUAAUUCUAUUGAAUAUCAAAGAACUACAUAUUCAACUCGAGGACAUGAAAAUGAAGUGGGAAUAUCUCUGGAAUUUUCGACAACCGAGAGCAUUUCGACCGAAAGCAUAGAAACUGGAAAGGAAAAAGCUACAGAUCUACUUGCUGAAUUGCCUCACAUACUUCAGAAACAGCCAAAAUCUCCCGACUAUAAUGAAUUUCAGCAACAGUACGUUAUUUCGACAUCUUCAACUUUAUUUCCUACUUCAACAAUUUCUGGAUCAACACAGCAUCAAGAGCUGAAUUCAUCUUAUCUCACGGACCCAAAGCAAUCGAAAUCUGAGGAGCACAAAUCUAUUGUUCUGAACAAAGCCCAUGAAGCUCCGCAAGAGAUGAUAUCAUUAUCGAAUAUUAUAUCAAAAAAACUGCCUUCCAGUUUCGGAAAUAAUAUAUCAUCAUUUACCAUCGAUACUCUAUCCAAUAAAACCACACAAAUGGAAAAAAUUAGUAGCUUUUCAGAAACUCAUGGAGUGUCAGAAAAUCAAUACGGGUCUAAUAUAAUACUCGAAACUUCUCAUAUCAGCGAAUCCUAUCCGGAUUUAUCGGAUUUAUCGACUAAUACAGUCCCAUCUUUGAUUGUUAUUUCAAUGAACCAUUCUGGUGAAAAUACAAAAUCUCAGGAACUAGCUAUUCAACAUUAUGGUGAUAAUCAUCAAACCAAUAUUUUAAAAAACACAAAAAACUCUUCUAAUGCAAUACUGCGGGCAACAGACGCUGUAUCCUCCUUUGUCAAGCAAUUUGUUAAACUAAGGAUCCAAUCGCUAUUACCUUUUCAUUUUUCUAUGAAAAAUGAAACCGUUGUUUCUAAUAACAUAUCAUCAAGCAGACAGAUAUCUUCAAGACAGGAAACCAUCUCUAGAAAUUUUACAUACUUCGGAUCUAAUGUCGAUAAAAGCAAUAAAAACAGUGAUAAUGCCACAUUGGUAACGACUACUGAUAAACGGAUAUUUGCGCAAACAAACCACAGUUUGUCAGAUGAAGAAAUUCCGAAUGUUACAAAUGAAAAAGAAGCUUUGGAUAAUUUUGAACCAGAAACAGAUCACUUGCAAAACAAAUAUAAAUCGAAGCAACAAUCAACACUUGGUGAUGAGUAUUAUUCGGAGAAGCAGCAUUCAUUUUCCGAUUUAGAUACUGAAGACAGCAGUGAUAACAUUGCUGGAAUUGGUGAACAAAAUUCUCAAAACAAUGAUAUCUAUUCAACCGAAGUGUUUCCAAACUAUCAAAAUAUAGAAGUAAUUGAACAUAGUGAAGUUCCAACCCAAUUGGGUCAUACCGAUAUUUCUGAGCAGGAACAGGGCAAUAAAAUAACGAUGAGUUCCGAUCUUCGUCCAUCCAGCAUAGAUUGGUAUUCAACCCAUACAAUGAUAUCAGCCUAUAUAAUGACAACAACGCCAUCACCGCCAUUAACUCUAUUAACGACAAAUGGAUUCAAUGAUGUAAAUGGUGAAAAAUUAUUGAAACUGACCGAAAACAAUGCUGAUUUAGCCCUAAAACAUUCUGCUGUCGACAUUUCCAGUGGUACUACACAGCCAAAUGUAGCGGUUACUAAAAUGAGGCCACAAGUUCUUAAAGAAAUUCAUAUAAUCAAGCAAACUGAAUCAAGCGGUUUUAGUGACGAAAGAAACUUUAAUAUCAAUUCUCAGCUUACUCCGAGCAAUAAACUUACACCAUCAAACGAAGAUUCAAAAGAAAUUAUGUCAUCGGCAUCUUCAGUGAUGGCGAAGGAAAUGCCAUCAGUAAUUACGGUAAUGCCGACUUCCACUUUAGCUGGUGUUCAUCGUACUGAGAUAGCAAUAAAAGAAACCAUUCAAGAUAAUCAUGAAGAGUCAGUAAAUUGGCUUGCAACAUCAUCUAUGAAGCCUGGAAAAUCAAAUCAACGUGUUACUCUUCCUAUUUCUGAACUGAAGAUGCAUAUUGAAGUAUCUGAUACUUCUGGGUUGAUUUUAGACACAAGCACUAUCAAAACAAAAGAAUCUUCCGAAACAAUCAACAUUUCUACAUCAAUUUUCCUUGAAAACAUAAUAGUUCCAUCAUCCGUUCCAUUAUCAGCUGCGACCGAAAUUCCAUCAACUGCAACAACAGUGCAUCAUGAACGGACUGCAAUCGAUCAUUCAAUUAUUGAGAAAGAUUCUGAGGUCAACCUACUACAACAUGUUGAUGAAAAAACUUCAGAAAGAUUGCUGGAAACAAUUUCAACUUACCCGAAAAAAGCAUAUGAAAAUGAAAAGGAAAUUGCAACAGAUGACUAUGUCCAUUAUUGGAAUUCUGAAUUUAGCACUGAAGUUUCUUCACCAGAAAUACUUCAUAAUCAUUCUUCCGAAAUAACCAAUAAGAUUGAAAAUAAUGGCGCAUCAUACUAUACCAAUAAUCUUUAUGAAUAUGAAGGAAACGACGGUAAUUAUAACAACAUCACGGCUAUAGUAAGUGUAACUCGAAAUUAA